AAAAAAUAAAAAGAAAUUAAAAAUAGUGGCCCAUACACGUAAGUGUUGCCAUUAUUUAUUAUUUUUUAACCUAUCUAAUCUCCUUUUUUCGUCUCUGUGUUUUCUCCUCUUUAUUCCCACCAUCGCCUUCUUCACCAUUAUUUCCCCAAAGAUUCUCAAUCCCUCUCUCUAUCUAUCUGACUCUCUUUCCCUGUAACCCAGAAAUCCCAUCUCAUCUCGUCUGAUUCGAUCUGAUCUCCUUAAACCCACCUCUCUAGAACACCCUACUUUAUUAUCUAUGACGCUUGGCUCUGGAGGAUCGAGUGUCGUGGUCCCACGUAACUUUAGAUUGCUGGAGGAACUUGAACGGGGAGAAAAGGGAAUCGGAGAUGGCACCGUCAGCUAUGGAAUGGAUGAUGGAGAUGACAUUUACAUGCGCUCUUGGACCGGCACUAUAAUUGGUCCUCACAAUACUGUACAUGAGGGUCGUAUUUAUCAGCUGAAGCUUUUCUGUGAUAAAGAUUACCCAGAGAGACCACCAAGUGUUCGCUUUCAUUCACGGAUCAACAUGACUUGUGUCAACCAUGAAACCGGAGUGGUGGAAUCGAAGAAGUUUGGACUCCUUGCGAAUUGGCAGCGUGAGUACACCAUGGAAGAUAUACUGACACAGCUGAAGAAAGAGAUGGCUGCGCCACAUAACCGGAAGUUGGUUCAACCUCCGGAAGGUACCUACUUCUAGUAGCUUUCAAGAUCAUAUACAUAUCCAUGGAUCAAAUUGCAUUUCAACAUGCAAUAUAUAGUUUGUUAUGCUGUGUCAAUCCUGUUUAGACAUACAGGGGAAUGCCCCAAAAAGCUUCUCUUAUCACCUCUCCUUGGUCCUUCUGUUUUAUCAUUGUCUUUUUUUAUUGAAUUGUGUUUUAAUGGAUGGAUGCUAUUUGAUUUAUGGGGACUUUUGUGUGUCAAAUAUUGAAUCCGUUUAACUAGUAUCAAUUGUAGCAUUAUCAUUAUUCUAAA